CCCAUAUCUGCAUCUCUCUCCCAAACAAACUAAAUACAUCUCUCUCCCCACUCUCUCUCCCUCCACUCUCUCUGAGAAUCUCUAUCGUAUAAAAUACUUUGCACAUAAGUGUUCAUAUAUUUGAAUCUCUCUCCCCCUCUCUCUCUCUCAAAAUCUCUCCCGUAUAAAAAACUUGCACACACGUGUAAACAUAUUUUCUGACCAGAACUGGCGUUAACUCAAGAAGCUCUGGAGGAAGAAAAAAACCAAAGGGUGGUACUCGCCCUAUAUGAGGCCUUAGCUUCCCGUGACGUCACCACUGUCCACUCCUUACUAGCCCCUGACCUAGAGUGGUGGUUCCAUGGCCCACCUACCCACCAGUUUAUGAUGCGCCUUCUUACAGGAACUGAUAAAACAACCUCCGACACAUUUCACUUCAAGCCUCAGUCAAUCAAGGCCUUUGGAUCAACGGUCCUCGUUGAGGGCUGCGAUCAGGACCGUUCAAUCUCGUGGGUGCAUGCGUGGACCGUCACGGAUGGGAUAAUUACCCAAGUGAGGGAGUAUUUUAACACGUCACUCACUGUGACCCGGUUUGGAAACGGGUCGGACUUUUCUUCUAAGGUUACUUCGCUUCAUUGCCCUUCUCUUUGGGAAAGUAGUGUCUCGAAUCGGGUCGGAAAAUCUGUGCCGGGUCUUGUUCUUGCUAUUUAAAUAAAGGGUUGGGAUCCGGUGUGGUCGAGAAUAAGGUGCUUUGGUACGGCCGAAUAAGAUGUAAGAUUGACGGUUGGGAUUGAUUUGGAUUUCUAGAAGUUUCGGAUUGCUUUUCUAUUUUCGUUAUUUCGUUGAAUUGUUGGUUUGUUUAGUGUGCUUUGUGUUUGCUUAUGAUUAGGGGCUGUUUGGUUCCUUACAAGUUUGUGACUGAAAAACCAACAUGGGGAUACCCAAUUGGUUGCUAGAAGAUGAUGUUUCUGUUUCUAGGUGUUUAAUGAAAUUGCAGCUUUAUAAGUUA